GUGGAGAGUCGUGAAGGGUGUUGGUCAUAUAUCGGACGCUCGUCUCCUGGAGGACAGACUCUUUCCAUUGGAGAGUACUGUGGAAGAAAAGGCAUCGUUGAGCACCAGUUUCUCCACGCUCUGGGACUGAACCAUGAGCAUUUGAGAUAUGACAGAGACGAAUACGUGACAAUCAACUAUGAAAACAUCAGGGAAGGGUAUGAGAGUAAUUUCAAUAAGCACAGUGAGAACAUGUCCACUACCCAAGAAAGCCCAUAUGAUUAUUACUCUGUGAUGCAUUUUGAUAAACAUGCCUUCAGCUACUUUAACAGACCCACGAUCAUUACCAAGAGUCCUGAGCUCCAAGACGUGAUCGGACAGCUCAUGGAAAUGAGCGAAUAUGAUGCGAUUAAGCUCAACAAACUCUACAAAUGCAAUUCCUCUGUCUCUUUCCUCGACCACUGUAGUUUUGAUGAGGAAUCUCUG